UUCACUUGCAUCGUCAUAGUUUUUUCCUUUUGUCAAAAGAAAACGAAGCAAAGGCAGCCAUGAGUCUCUCCGGAAAAGAUAAGGCUGUGGUGUCAAAUCUCUGGGGCAAAAUAGCCUCAAAUUACGACGUAAUCGGAGCUGAGGCUCUUGGCAGGAUGCUGACUGUAUCCCCCCAGACCAAGACCUACUUCUCUCACUGGUCAGACCUGAGCCCUGGAUCUGAGCAGGUGAAGAAGCACGGAGCGGUCAUCCUGAAGGCCAUCGGAGAGGCUGUGGAAGGCAUUGAUGACAUCAAGCUCAACCUUUCCCGUCUCAGCGAGUUGCAUGCCUUCAAGCUCCAAGUGGACCCUAACAACUUCAAGAUCCUGUCCCACAGCAUCCAGUUGGUGAUUGCCAUGUACUACCCUAAAGAAUUCACUCCAGAGGUGCAACUCUCCGUGGACAAGUUCCUGCAAAACGUGGCCCUGGGUCUGUCCGAGAGAUACCGAUAAACUGCGGCGAUCCGCGCGUCGGAGGGAGGAGGCAUUGGGCUGCAUGUCGGCCUCAUCGUCAUCAUCAUCAUCAUCGCCUCCACAAUAAACGAUGGCAAGAUCCCUUUAAUGAAGGCCAAAUAAAUGAAUAAAUAAAAUUAAUGUGGAACAUUGA